GGUGCUGGCGGCUGAGGGGCGGCACUCGGCGGUGCCUCGUUCCCCGCCGCUCCCAGGGCCGGGCAGGCUGCGGGGGAUGGGCCCCGCCGGGUGAAGGUGGGGUGACACCGCGGUUGUCUGUGGAGCCCUGGGCCGGGGAGCCAAGCCUCGUCAGGAGCGGAGCUCCGGGGCCGCAGCCGGGCGCUGCCGCAGCCCCGCCCGGGAGGAGCGGCAGGAGCCGGCUCCUUCCUGCCGCCCGCCUCCUCCGAGCCCUGCGCCGCAAGCAGCCUCGGCCCAUAGGCUGCGCCGGGCCCGACCUCCGCUCGGCAGCCAGUCCCCGCCGGCAGCCGCGGCACGGCCCCGGACUGACAGCGCCGGCGGCGAACCGCAGCGGCCGGACCGGAACCGACCCCGGCGCUCGGCCGGGAGCCGACCCUGGGGGCCCAAAGGCCCGGGCCAUGGGGACGGAGCGGCGGGGGCGUUGUGUGCGGCCCUCUCCUUAGGGCAGCAGCAUCACCUUGGAGGAAGAAAACUUUGCUGUCCCCCUGGCUGGCUGGGAAUCUUGGCUCAUCUACACUUCUGCACGUGGUGCCUGCCCUGCCUUCAGUGUAACCUGACAGGGGAGGGAAAGCAGCAGGCAGGACACAGCAACUUCUUUAUUUAUUUGUCACUGAACUCCUUGUUGCUUGCCCAAAGAAACAGGAUGGAUGAGCCCAAGUGCUACAAAGAUACAGGCAAGGCAUUUCCAGCAGGCUCCAAGUCUCUUCUUUAAAGAGAAGCUCCAGCAACAAAGAGGCUGAAAAGCAAAUGCUCCAAUCAGCCAAAAUGGAAGGAGGCAACAGUCCCAGUCUGCAGCUUCAGCAGCUCCCACUGGCCACAGCAGCAGUCUCUGUGCAGCCUCACACUGACUCCUUCUCUUACAAGGAGAACUUGAUUGGUGCACUGCUGGCUAUUUUUGGCCACCUCGUUACCAGUAUUGCCCUCAACCUCCAGAAGUACAGCCACAUUCGCCUGGCAGGUUCCAAGGACCCCCGAGCCUACUUCCAGACCAAGACGUGGUGGUGUGGGCUGCUGCUGCUGCUGCUGGGGGAGCUGGGAGUGUUCUCCUCUUAUGCCUUUGCUCCCCUCUCCCUGAUUGUGCCACUCAGUGCAGUGUCUGUCAUAGCCAGUGCAAUCAUAGGAAUUAUAUUUAUCAAAGAAAAAUGGAAGCCCAAGGAGUUUCUGAGGCGCUACCUUUUGUCCUUUGUAGGCUGUGGUUUGGCAAUUGUUGGAACUUACCUGCUGAUAACAUUUGGACCUAACAGCCACGAGAAGAUGACAGGAGAGAAUAUCACUAGGCACUUAGUGAGCUGGCCCUUUCUCUUGUAUAUGCUGGUGGAGAUCAUCAUGUUCUGCCUGCUGCUCUAUUUCUACAAGGAGAGAAAUGCCAAUUACAUUGUGGUUAUUCUUCUGCUGGUGGCUUUGCUGGGUUCCAUGACUGUGGUGACAGUGAAGGCUGUGGCAGGCAUGAUUGUGGUCUCCAUCCAAGGCAACUUACAACUCGACUACCCCAUAUUCUACGUCAUGUUGGUGUGCAUGAUCGCUACAGCGCUCUACCAAGCCACGUUUUUGGCUCAGGCCUCUCAGCUCUACGACUCAUCACAGAUUGCCAGCAUCGGCUACAUCCUGUCCACAACAGCAGCCAUCACUGCAGGAGCAACUUUUUACUUGGACUUCACUGGUGAAGAUGUUCUCCAUAUCUGUAUGUUUGCACUUGGGUGCCUCAUAGCAUUUCUGGGUGUCUUCCUGAUCACAAGAAACAGGAAGAAAUCUGUACCAUUCGAACCUUACAUAUCAAUGGAUGCUAUGCCAGGCAUGCAGAACAUGCACGACAAAGGGAUUGCAGUGCAGCCUGACCUCAAAGCUUCCUUUUCCUACGGUGCCCUAGAGAACAAUGACAACAUGCCAGAGAUUUAUACUCCAGCUACCCUACCAAUCGUGCAGGAGCAGCAUGGUUCCAAAGGAGUCUCUGCUCCACCCUACCGGGUGUUGGAGCACAGCAAAAAGGAGUGAGUGACCUUUAAGGGACUGAGCUGAAGCCUCCAGAAGUGUGACCUUUAUUUAUUUACCUAUUGAAACGUAAGCAAGUGUAAAGCCAACCCUGAUAUAAUUUAAAGCUCGUCUCCAAUCUUCACUUUCAAGGCUGAUGAUUCAAAUAAACAACUCUCUGGGGCUGUGAGGUUGGGAGGGGGUUGUCCUGGCGGGGGGGAAAUCGCAGCUCUCUGGUGGAGGCUGCUGUCUGGAAGCGGGAAGCUGUGGGUGCAGCAGCGUAGCAGCAGGCAGAGGCUGUGAAAAGGCAGAGCCGUGGGGACAGAAGUGACUGUGCAAUAUUGAGUCCUGCUGGGAGGGAGCUUAUCACCAACCAGAAGCUUUCAGGAGCUGCUGACAGAGAGGGGAGGGCAGGAUUUCAGCUUUCCUUUAGAGAGGCUGUGAGGCAUGGCCAGGGGAGUUGUACUGCCUCUGCGUCACCACCAAGCUGCCUUCACCUGGCAAUUAAAUGGAAUCUGUUUUGAGCACCAAUCCUGCAAGUUGCUCUCUCUUUAGAGCAGCAGAGCUGGGCAGAGUAAGCAAAAGCUACUUUAUCCUUCCCAAAUGUGAGUCUUGAGCCCUUCCUGUCCAACUGCUCUCUGCUGUAUGCACUGUGAAUGUGAACUGCUUUUACAGCGCCGCUGGAUUUGGGGGGCAGAUUAGAGCAAAGAUUAUUUGCCAGUUUUCUGCUCUCACAGCAGGAGCUGACGUUGAUUGAGUGGUGCAGGGGGGAUUACUGUUAACCACAAGAACAAGAGGUGGAUAGCAGCGUGGCUGGUGGGAAUUUUUUGGUAGCUCUUGAUAAGGUACUCGUUCUCCAUCCCUUUCUCUUUCUGCUUGAGGCAAGAGUUCCAGCUGUUGGGUAAGCCGAAAUGCUCGAAGGUGUUGGCAUCCCUUAGUUGAAAAGCUCAGUUGUAGGCUCUUUUUCUUACAAGAACUGGAAAAUGAUGCUAGUCUGAGAAGCAGCAGCAAUGAGUGUGCUCAGCCCUGCACUGAGUGAGGACUGUGAGAACAGUGCAGCUUUGUGGACUCAUCAGGGCGACUUUCCAGCUUCCCAGAGAUGCCUACGAGCUGAUAAGAAGGGAGAAUAGACUCGGGGAGGGAGGAACUGAAGUGAGAAGGACAAAGUACAUUUCCUGGCCCAGGCAGGUUGGGCUGGCACUGUGACACCACCCUGCUCUCAAAGCCAUGGUUUUGCUUUUCAGCCUGUUCUCAGCCAUGGUCUCUGUGCACAGUGGAGUGGCUGAGGGCUGAAAUGGGAGGUGUUUGUGUGCUCUGUGUUCUGGAGUGGUUACUCUGGUAGCAGGGUUUGGGUGCACCUUGCACUUGCAGCAGUGGCUUUCUGCAUUUAUUUAUUUGAUUUAUACACUGACUCGUGGCCAGUUUCUGCUCCCACUACCAAACAUGCCCAAGAAUUCUACUGACCUGCACAUGGGUCUUCUAGAUUCUUCCUGCUGUACAUGACAACAAAAUGCAUUUGCUUUGCCAGCUGUGAAUAUGAAUUCACUUUGGAAAGAGUUGGAAUUGUCAGGCUAAAUCCAGGCUGGGUGCAGAGUGGGUUGAGAGCAGCCCUGCAGCAAGAGAUUUGGGGGUGUUGGUUGCUGAGCAGCUCCCCAGGAGCCAGCAGUGCCCUCAUGCAGCCCAGCAGGCAGCUGUGUGUGGAGGGCUGUGGCCAGCAAGGCAGGAGAGGGGAUUCUGCCCUUUGGCUCUGCUGAGACUUCAUCUCAAAUAUUGCCUCCAGCUCUGCUGUCCCCAGCAUAAAGAGGACCCAGAGCUGCUGGAGUGAGGCCAGAAGCCACAAAGAUGAUCCAAGGGCUGGAGCAGCUCUGCUGUGAGCACAGGCCGAGGGAGCUGGGGAGGUGCAGCCUGGAGAGGAGAAGCCUCCUGGGGGACCUUAGAAUUGUCUGCCAGUGCCUGAAGGGAAGGCUGCAAAGGGACUUUUCCUGGGGGUGUCUGAGACAGGCCAAGGGAAGUGGUUUGAAGCCGAGGCAGAGCAGGGUUAGACUGGAGCUGAGGAAGAAGUUCUUCAGUAGGAGUGGGGGUGAGAGUGGCACAGGCUGCCCAGAGAGGCUGUGGCUGCUUCCUGCCUGGGGGUGUUCAAGGCCAGGUUGGAUGAGGGCUUGAGCUACCGAGUCUAGCUGAGAGGUGUCCCUGCCCAUGGUGGGAGAUGAUCUCUGAGAUCCCUUCCAACCUGAGCCUCUCUAGGAUUCUUUCUCACAGGUGAGCUGACAGCUGCUGCCUCCACACUGUGGCUUUUCAAUGCACCUGAGCACUUAAUCCUUUCUCAGUGUCUAUCUCACACAUAACUCAGUGCUCCCCUGUUGGCUGAAUGUACACAAUGAGUUGCCUACAACGUUCUCUUGUUGACAUCCAAUCAAGCUUUCCAGUCUUGGACUCUAAGGAUAACUGCUUAAUUUCUCAUAAGCAAUGCUGCAUGUCUAUUUAAUUUGAUUUGUCUUUUAGGUGAGACCUUUGGAAAUGAAACUCAAUAAAAGAUUGUGCUAAAACCUA